GACCGAGGAGCCUGAAGGACCGAGUCACUAGCUUGUCCUCACAGAAACAGAAUAAAAAAUUACAAAAGAGAAAAUGAACCCAAAUAUCUCCGUUUGUUGUUUAUCUCUGCUUUUACUGCUUAAUUUCGUAGAAGCCAAACCCCUCUCUGACCUACAGAGUUUGAAGCAACUUUUAGAAGAUGAGAUCAACACCGCCCCGUAUUAUUCCUCGGAGGACCUGGAGGCAGAGGGGAAGGAUGGAAACACAGACAAGUCGGUGCUCGGAGCUCCAGAGGAGCACCCGUGGGACUCCUCCGACUACAGCAACUCAGUACUGGCGGCCAAAGAAAACGUCCUCGCGCGUCUCUUCAAAGACCUCAUGAGAACCUCCAAGCGCUCGUGGAGCCGGUACAAGAAAGGUGGGCUGAGGAGCUGCUUCGGUGUCCGGUUAGAGAGGAUCGGCUCCUUCAGCGGGCUGGGAUGCUGAAGGCAUGGAUUAUUUUCCCAUCAACACAUCAGUGUGACCAUAACCAACACUGGAGCUCCUCUGACAGCAGAUAUUUGACUGACACUUAAAAGGGCAGUUGCUUCAGGCUCUCCUUUCCAUGGUUCCCUUGCAGAACUGCAAUUUUUCUGUUAAAUAAUAAAUUAUUGUAAAUGUAUUUAUUAUUUAUUAUUCUAUUGUUGGAUGAAGUAGAGUUGCCUUGUAAUAGAUUGUAUUGUAGUAAAAUAUUUUUUGCACAAUAGCUGAGUCUGAUUGAAUUUCUUUUCUAGGCACAAUGUAAAGCAGUUUGCUUAUUUUCAGAAGGAACAUUGUCUAUCUUGUAUUCACGUUAAAUAAACCGGUGUAUUAGAUGAGAAA